AAUAAUCCAGCGUGACACACUUUUCAACACGUGCAAAUUUAAAUGCCCACCAUUGAAAUGUCGCAGCAAAUACCAGAAAUCGCAAUGGUGAAUGGUGAUGAUGUAUCAUUAAAUGGAGAAAUUCGUAAGAAAAAGAAAUCAAAGAAGGAAAAGAAAAUUAAAUCUGAUGAUGCAGAAAUAGAAUCUCCUUCUAAAGAGGAAUCACCAUCAGAGGAGAAACCAAAGAAGAAGAGGAAAAAGGGCUCUGAUGAGGAAGGAGAAGAUGAAAUCAAGAAGAAGAAAGUGAAGAAAGAGAAGAAUGGAGAGGUUCAACAGAAUGGCAUCGUAAAGGAAAAGCCAUCAUCAUCAAAGCAGGGAGAAGUAGAUGAAGAGACCCAAGAAAAGAUAGGAGCCUUCUCAAAUUUUGGCAUAAGACCCAAAACCAUUGAGAAACUGCAUGCCAAAGGAGUCAAAUACCUGUUUCCCAUUCAAGCCCAGACUUUCAAGCCGAUUGAUGAUGGUUUUGAUGUCAUAGCACAAGCACGAACUGGAACCGGUAAGACUUUAUCCUUUGUUCUCCCGCUGGUCGAGAAAUGGCAGCAGUUCCCUCAGAAGAGCGGCCGACAACCCAUCAUCCUCGCCCUUGCUCCUACCAGAGAACUCGCCAAGCAGAUAUCGGAGUACUUUGAAGCCAUUGGUCCGCACCUCAGCACCACCUGCAUCUACGGAGGCACCUCCUACUGGCCCCAGGAGUCGGCCAUCCGGCGGGGUCUGGACGUCGUCGUGGGAACGCCCGGACGCAUCCUGGACUACAUCCGCAAGAACACCCUGGACCUGUCCAAGCUGAAGCACGUCGUGUUGGACGAAGUGGAUCGGAUGCUGGACAUGGGGUUUGCGGAAUCGGUGGAGGAGAUCCUCGGUGCUGCUUACAAGACUGGUCAACCUGGUGAUGGAGAGGAAGCCCCUAACAACCCCCAGACACUGCUCUUCUCAGCCACUGUCCCUCCCUGGGUCUACCAGACUGCAGUCAAGUACAUGCGCAAGGAUCUCAAGAAGGUCGACCUUGUAGGUAGGGACAGGAUGAAGACAGCUACAACAGUUCAGCAUCUGGCCAUCAACUGCAGCUAUUUUGACCGACCACAGGUCAUUAGUGAUGUCAUCAAGGUUUACGGGGGUUUGGACGGCCGCUGCAUGGUCUUCUGUGAGACCAAGAGGGAUGCCAACGAGCUGGCCAUGAGCUCUGACGUGAAGCAAGAGACGCAGGUCAUGCAUGGAGAUAUACCUCAGACACAGCGAGAGGUCACUCUAAAGGGUUUCCGAGAGGGCAAGUUCCAGUGUCUGGUCACCACUGACGUAGCAGCGAGGGGGUUAGACAUACCGGAAGUUGAUCUAGUCAUCCAGUGUAAUCCGCCGAGGGAUGUGGAUUCUUACAUCCAUCGAUCAGGGAGGACCGGGAGAGCUGGUCGUAAUGGAGUCUGUGUCUGUUUCUACAAGCGACAGGAAGAGAGGGAUCUACAGAAAGUAGAAUACAAAGCGGGCAUCAAGUUCAAACGAGUGUCGGCUCCCCAGCCAAGUGACAUCAUCAAGUCAUCCGUCAAAGAUGUUACAGAUUUACUGGGCGCUGUACAGCCCGAGAUGGUGGCUAUGUUCAAGAGUGCAGCAGAGGCCAUCAUAGCUGAGAAGGGGGCGGUGGCGGCGCUAGCGGCAGCUCUGGCUCACAUAACAGGUUCCACAGCCAUGAAGACAAGAUCACUGCUAACGGCAGAAGAGGGUAAGACCACGUUCCUCCUUGAGACGCAAUCGCAGCUGAUGGACAUCGGUGAUGUCUUCAAGACCCUUGGACGCUACAUUGACCGUGACUCACGGAAUGCCAUCAAGGGCAUCCGUCUGUGCAAGGAUCAGACUGCGGCAGUCUUUGAUGUUUCAGAUGACCACAAGGACUAUCUACUGUCAUUAUGGCAGGACACGUCUGAAGCUCAACUCACCAUCGCGACAGAACUGCCAGAGCUCCUCGUCCCUACCCAGUCGGGAUCCUUUGACGACCGAAGAGGAGGUGGAGGCUAUGGGGGAGGAAGGGGUGGAGGAUACAGGAGAGGAGGAGGAGGAGGAGGAUGGGGUAACAGGAGUGGUGGGGGCGGGAGAGGUCGAGGGGGAGGAGGAGGAUAUGGGGGACGAGGAAGGGGAGGAUGGAGUGGAAGUUACAAAAAGUUUUAAAAUCUGUAUCUCGCCAUAGCCUUUGUAUAAUGUGAUCAUUGAACCAUUCUCCUUUACUGCUAGGUAGUGUGUUGCCAUUGAACAGACUUUUAAAGCCCCACUGCACUAGUUUGGUCAGGAGGGAUUGGACCUCCCUGCAUGGUCACUGAAAGGUGGUUAUCUCAUCAAAUCAGCUGUCAAUUAACAUUAAGAAAAAGGGGACCAUGGGGGACUAAUGGUCACCGAUUAGGCAUUGUUUGCUAUACAGAGGGCACAAGUAGCUAUAAGUAGUGCAGUGGGGCUUUAAAGGUGUUUGCGAUCAUGUUGAUUUUCUGAUUAAGAUAAUCGACCUGAAUUUAAGGACAAAGCAUACUGUUUAUGCAGUGAUCGAUAGCAUUUUAUAGACACAUCUCCUUCUGGCGCAAAACUCUUCCAAGGGCAACAAGUUUCAGAUUUUCAAAUAUAACGUUAACACCCAGGUAUCCUAUGGAACAGGGACACUACUGAUUCAGCCAAUUUGAAGGACCUAACGUACAAUGAUUACAAUUGUCAAAAAAUGUAUUACUUUCUUAUUAUAUGACCAAUUUCAUUCAAACUUGCACCAGUCUGUUUCUGAUUUUCUGCUUUCUUUUAGAGUAGUUAUCAAUUGCAGUUUGAUUUCCUUUUACUCAGGAAAUGAUGACAAUUAAGUCAUGGAUUGGGUUCUAGUGGUCAGACAUGAAUUAUCUCGGUUGUCCAUAACAAUGACAAUGCUACCGAUCACUGC